CAAAUAUUCUCAAGUCUCAUAUUUAUGUGACCCUCCAAGACGGUAAAUUUUAGAAAAAAGCAAUCAUCUUCUUCUUCACUACCAUUUUCCAAAAAUCCAGUUGUGGAAAAGCCCUUGCAAAACCGCAAUCAUGGCGCCCGUUGAUCCCCACUCUUUCACGGACUCUGCUCAUCCCUUCACUGUCCAUAUCUCCCUCACUCUCUACUUUGAUUUCCCGUCCUCAACUAUCUCCGCUGCGACUCUCCUCUCCCUCGCCGCCCCUUAUUCCGGCGACCUCACUCUAGACACCCGUUCCCUCUCCAUCUCCGCCGUUCUAGACCCAGUUUCACUUUCCCCGCUCCCCUUCUCCCUUUCUCCGGCCCAGCCGGACCCAGUGAUCGGGCAAUCACUCACCGUCUCACUUUCGGGCCAAUCUCAGGUCUUGGUGGUCUCGAAAACAAGCCCCUCUAGCUCAGCUCUCCAGUGGCUUUCCCCGCCGCAAACCUUUAACAAAACCCACCCGUUUGUUUACACCCAAUGUCAAUCCAUCCACGCCAGGUCCGUUUUCCCCUGCCAGGACACCCCGGCCGCCAGAAUCAAAUACUCGGCGAAACUCAACAUCCCAAGCCAGCUCUCGGCGGUGAUGUCCGCCAAGCACGAGGGGAGGCGGCCCCCGCUGCCGGCCGAGGCUCACGGAGUGUGUGAGGAUGCGAAGUGGUGCGGGGAUGAUCGGAUCGUGGAAGAGUUCGUGAUGGAACAGCCGAUUCCUCCUUAUCUAUUUGCCUUCGCAAUUGGGGAAUUAGGGUUCCGGGAGGUGGGCCCACGGACGAGAGUCUAUUCCGAGGCUGCCCCUACGGUGUUGGAUGCUGCUGCCAGGGAAUUUGCAGAAACAGAGGAGAUGAUCAAGGCUGGAGAGGCUCUUUUUGGACCAUAUGAUUGGGAAAGAUUCGAUUUAUUGGUUUUGCCUCCAAGUUUCCCCUACGGAGGAAUGGAGAACCCGAGGAUGGUCUUCCUUACACCCACUUUGAUCAAAGGCGACUCCAGUGGAGCUCAGGUGGUAGCUCAUGAGCUUGCUCAUAGCUGGACUGGAAAUUUGAUCACUAACAAAAACAAUAACCACUUUUGGUUGAAUGAGGGUUGGACAACAUAUGCAGAGCGGAGAAUUGUAGAGGCAGUGCAAGGGGAGAACAGAGCUGCACUGAGUAUUGCACUUGGCUGGAAGGCACUUGUUGAGGAAAUGGAAAGAUUCAAGGACAACCUGGAAUUCACGAAACUGAAAAUGAACCAGGCGGGGAUUGACCCGGAUGACGUAUAUUCUCGAGUCCCAUAUGAUAAAGGUUUCCAGUUUUUAUGGCGGAUUGAGAGACAAAUUGGAAGACCGGCUUUUGAUGAUUUUCUUAAGAAGUACAUAGCCACCUUCAAGUUUCAGUCUAUUGACACUGAUAUGUUUCUUGAUUUCCUGAAAGAAAAUAUCCCUGGGAUUGAGAAUGAGAUUGAUCUGAAGCUGUGGACCGAGGGUACUGGCCUCCCUCCAGAUGCCAUGGAAUUAGUUUCCAACAUCUACUCGAAGAUUGUUUCUUUGGUCAAUGAAUUCAAUCUAGGUAAGAUUCCAAGGGAGGAUGAAGUCUCUGAUUGGCGAGGACAGGAAUGGGAGCUUUACCUAAAGAGCCUACCCAAAUCUGUUGAAGCUUCACAGAUCAAAGCCUUAGAUGCUUGCUAUAGGCUUUCAGAAUCAAAAGAUUACGAGGUGAGAGUUGCUUUCCUUCAGCUCGCAAUCUCAGCAAGGUGCGGAGAUUACUACAACGAGGUAGAAAAAACUCUGAAGGAAGUCGGGAGGAUGAAGUACCUUCGCCCGCUCUACACCGCACUUGUACAGGGCGAUGGGAGGGAAGAGGAGAAAGCUGUUGCUAGAAGGAUAUUUUCAGAUGCCUGUGGAGGCUAUCACCCCAUUGCAAAGGGAAUAAUUGAGGCCAUUCUUGCCAAACAUGUAUGAAUCACAUCUUGUUCUCUCCAUAUUGGCUGUAUUUGAGGAGGAUUCAGAAAACGUUUGCAUCAUAAUCAUAAUUUUAUCAGAUGCCCAAAGUUUCCUUUCAA